AGAUUAAUAAUCGUAGAUUAAUGAGCUACAUACUCUCGACACACGAUUCAUAAGAGUCAAUCUAUAGACAAAAUAAUAAACUCUAGGGAUAACUUACUUGAGUUCUUGCUACCAAUCUUUUUUGGAUCAUACAGUGUUGAAACAAGUUAAAUGCUUUGCCGUGUCUAGUUUUCCGUACUUUUUCAUUCAAAUCCUACACGAUUGGCUUACAUUUUAAUUUCUUCCACUAUUAGUAACAACAAUCAAAUUUAACUGGCUUUCCGCGAUUAUUUCAUAACUCCAAAUUUAUAGGAAAUCACUGAUGUUAAAAUAGAUUUCUUUAGGUUUCAAAUUACUGAUCAACUUUGGAAGAAAAGACUGAUUAUAUAAAUUCCGAGAGAACAAUUUGUAUGUGGGAACAACAAGAUAUUCUCAGAAUUUGAAUGUGUAGAUUACGAUUAUUUUGAUAAAAUUUGAAAAACAAAUUCUUUAGAAACAAAAUCGGCAUUUCUGUGCAGAAUUGGAGGAUCCCAACCAGCUUUUGUUUCUCACUGAAAUCCAGAACUCUACGAAUUUUAAUCGAAUGGUGUCAUCGGACGCCAUUUUGAACGCUUCUAAAGAUAAAACGCGCCAAAUAAUUUGAACGUUAUGUAAAUAACUCAUUGCGUUUGUUUAAAUUGUUUAGUUGUUGAGAAGCAGCCUCUUAAGAUGUGCGAUUUCUUUACGUCAUUGUUUGAUUUGUAGUAGUAAGUAGAUCAAUUGGUUAAAGAUUUUGAUUUCUGCCUGAACAUAUCUAUUUAAAAUGGAGACUCUUAACGAAACAACGUAUUGUGAAAAUGCACCUCAUUCUUCUGCCCUUUACAGCUGUGAUCGCAUUAGGUUGGGAAAACGUCCGGAUGAUCCAUUGUCUUCAGAUAUAUAUCAUCGGGGGCAGUGCAAAGGACUGUUAAGAGAGCCAUUGAUGAAUUCAACGAAUUUGCCUUCAAUUGCUCAGAGUCAAUCUGUAUUUCCAACAAAAGAUUACAUUAUGGCCCCACCAUAUGUCCGUCAGUCACUUACUGUUUUACCAUGGAGGCCCGGAACUUAUUACCAAGCUUCCAAAGUGAACACAUCUCGACCAAUUUGUAAGCGAGUCUCUGAUCCAAUAUGCUGUUGCUCACAGAUCGGGAAAGUUGACCCCGUUUCUCUGCCAGGAAUAUUCCAGUCAUCUCGCAAUGCUUUGUAUACACGUUAUACACCUAAUGAAUGGGCAGCUUCCAAUAAUGCUAACUAUAAUACGUCGGACUACGUACGGCACGGCGCAGAACGACUUCGAUUAAACACUUUGCGAACAUGCAAAGAGGUUGACGACAAAACCAGCCGCACUCAGGGAGAUGUCGGAAAGAAACUUGGUGAGAGAAUAAACGACACUACUUUCUGGAAAAACGAACUCCUUAUAGAAACAGAUGCGAUCUUGAACGAAAUAUCUGAUCUGACAGAAGCGAAACGUUUGGUGGAAAAGGCAUUGGCUGAAUCAGAUAAUGUUCUGAAUUUAACACAAGAAUGUCUCUACAACAGAGAAAAACGACAAAGUAUUGAUCUAGUUCACGAUUGUCCAGAAAAAUCAUUAAUUCAAGAAGUAGAAACAAUUAGGAGAUGUCAAGAUAAAUUUCGGAACACAAUAGACAAAGCUAAUGCGCAAUUAAAUCUUCUACGAGCUGCUCUACACGAACUGGAGAGGGAUUCAGGUGCCAAAUUUAUUGCAAACAACCUAGAUGAAUCUGCUUUCCAAAUGCGAGCGCCAUCUAUAGGUGUCAACUACCAUUUUGGUGUUGAGAAAAUUGAUAAUACCGUAUCUAAUCCUGAAACAUGGUGUAUGUUUACAAACAAUAAUAUCAAACGGUCGCAAGCCGAACGAGCAGCAUCGAAACAUCUUCGAAAUGAAAUUGAUACUACAUUAUUGAAUUGUUGCAAUGAAAUGUGGCAUCAAUGGAACCAAACCAACCAAAAUCUAACCAAUCGAAUUCAAGAAACACUACUUGCAAGAAAUAAAUUACAGGCCCACUUAGCGAAAGUACUUCAGGAAAUAUUUGAUAUGAACAAAAAUAUUGAAUACCUUAAAAAGUGUAUACAGGACAAACAGAAUCCGCUUAAAGUAGCACAGAGUCGAUUGAAUACACGUUUACGACGCCCGGAUAUAGAAGCAUGUCGUGAUCAUGCCCAGAUACGUUUGGUAGAAGAAGUUGAGGAAAUAUACGACAGUCUGGAAAUUUUGAAAAAGAAGCUAAAUAAUGCUGAAGAUGCUUUACAAGAUUUACUUCGAAUGAAAUCGACACUUGAAGAAGACCUCGCUAUUAAGAACAAUUCAUUAUUUAUCGAUCGAGAAAAAUGUCUUGGUAUGAGAACCACAUUCCCCAUGUCUCCAAUUGCUGCUUCUCACAUUCGUACAGUAUCCAACAUUAUUAUGAACUGUUAAUUGUAUUCAUUAAGAAAUACAUUACUUAUAUACGGUCAUUGAAAA